CUACCCUCUUCUCCUCCGCUCUGAAGCCCCCCCCGCCCUCCCCUGCUUUCCCGCCUCCCCUUCUCCUGCUCCCUGCUCGUCGGCCUCCAAGAUAGAUUCCCUCAGGAGUAAGGUUGACCUGCUCAAGCUGCCCCUGGCACUCUCCACCAAGUCCAUCUCCGAGCGCAAGAGCCAGCUGGGAGGAGUCGGCGAGCAACGCAGCACGGCGGGAGGAGGAGGAGGCGGGGCUCGUAAAGCCCGCUCACCGCCGACCCGAGACAUGGACAACGAGUCGCAGUACUCUGGCUACUCAUACAAGUCUUCCCACUCCAGAAGCUCCCGCAAACACAGGGAUCGGAGGGAUCGGCACCGUUCGAAAAGCAGAGAUGGCAGCAGCCGUGGAGACAAAUCAGUCACAAUUCAGACUCCUGGAGAGCCGCUGCUGGAUGCAGAGUCGACCCGAGGAGAGGAACGGGAUGAUAACUGGGGCGAGACCACCACGGUCGUCACCGGCACGUCGGAACACAGUAUCUCUAACGAGGACCUGACCCGCGUCACCAAAGACUUGGAGGAGUCGACUCCGCUCGAGUGCAAACGCUUCGUGGGUCCGGCUCUGGGAGGCUGCCUGAGCUUCUUCGCCCUGGUCACACCUCUGGCCUUCCUCAUCCUCCCGCAGGUGCUGUGGCGGGACGCCCUCGAGCCCUGCGGCACGCCGUGCGAAGGCCUCUACGUCUCUCUGGCCUUCAAGCUCCUGGUGCUGCUCAUCUCCUCCUGGGCGCUGUUCCUCCGGCCGCCUCGCGCCACGCUGCCCCGCUUCUUCGUGUUCCGCUGCCUGCUGAUGGUGCUGGUGUUUCUGUUCGUGGCGUCGUACUGGUUGUUCUAUGGCGUGCGCGUGCUGGAGCCGCGGGAGAGGGACUACAGGGGGAUUGUGGAGUACGCUGCCUCUCUGGUGGACGCUCUGCUCUUCAUUCAGUACCUGGCUCUGGUGCUGCUGGAGGUGCGACACCUGCAGCCCGCCUUCUGUCUCAAAGUGGUCAGGAGCACGGACGGAGCCAGCAGGUUUUACAACGUGGGACACCUCAGUGUCCAGCGGGCAGCUGUCUGGGUGUUGGACCGUUAUUACAACGACUUCCCCGUCUACAACCCGGCUCUGCUCAACCUGCCCAAAUCCAUCCUGUCCAAGAAGAUGACGGGCUUCAAGGUUUACUCUCUGGACGAAAGCACCACCAAUAACUCCUCAGGUCAGUCCCGGGCGAUGAUCGCAGCCGCUGCCCGGAGGAGAGACAACUCCCACAACGAGUUUUACUACGAGGAAGCUGAGAUGGACCGCAGGGUCAGAAAACGUAAAGCCAGGUUGGUCGUGGCGGUGGAAGAGGCCUUCACGCACAUCAAGCGUCUGCACGAAGAGGAGGUCGCCUCGUCCCCCAAGCACCCCAGAGAGGUGAUGGAUCCGAGGGAGGCGGCUCAGGCCAUCUUCGCCCCGAUGGCGCGCGCCAUGCAGAAGUACCUGAGGACCACCCGGCAGCAGGCCUUCCACAGCAUGGAGAGCAUCCUCACACACCUGCAGUUCUGCAUCACACACAACAUGACGCCCAAGGCUUUCCUGGAGCGUUACCUCUCCCCCGGACCCACCAUGCAGUACCAGCAGCAGAACGACAGAGGGCGCCAGUGGACUCUAGUGAGCGAGGAGCCGGUGACCUCGGCCCUGCGUCAGGGCCUCGUCUUCUCCAUGCGACGCCUCGACUUCUCCCUGGUUGUCACGGUGACGCCGCUUCCUUUCCUGCGGCUCGGGGAGGAGUUCAUCGACCCCAAGAGCCACAAGUUCGUCAUGAGGCUGCAGUCGGAGACUUCGGUGUAAAAAAAAAACAAAACAUGGUGGCUCCUUUUUUUUUUUUUUUUUAAAUUUUCCCCACGCUUGAGGCAGGACAUGUGGAGGCUAGACGAUCCUCUAAAGUCUAAUCAUUUAUCCAUGUCUCUGACACAAAACCCAUAAAAGGAGAGGAGUGUGUGAGUCCUCCUCUACAGACGCUCUGAUAUCAAAACUGUGAUCAGCUCUACGAUUGUCCAAACCUGGAAUCAAACGGAUGCCUUGACUUUUUUUUCCUCUUCGUGUUUUUACGUCUUUAUGACACAAUGUCACAAAAAAAAAAAAAAACAUUUCUAAAGGGGACUUUUUCUCUUUAAGCCUUUUUUUUUUUUCUUUUUGCUGUAACCACUGGACUACUUUACUGUGCUGACUCAACACACACACACACACACACACACACACACACACACACACACACACACCAGAGGAGGGGGGGGUUACAUCACACGUGUCACUUCCUCUUCCUCGUGUCUUAAAAAACAGACCUGAUCAGACUGCAACACUAAUGUACCACUGCCUCUCCGGUCCCUGUCAGUGUGACGCUUUUUGACAGGAUGAGGACUUUUUCUAUUAAAGGGUGUGACUGUUUUUCUACUUACAGAAUGUAGCAUUGUGUGCGUUGCAUUAACACGAGGCUUUUCUGCGGCCUGAAGGCCAAAAACACCUUUUUUUUAAUCUCACUGUAAAGAAACAUGGAAGAACAUUCCUGAGUUGUUGUUACUCCAGUCUUUUUUCUUUCUUUCGUGAUUGUCAACAUAUGCAGAUUUUGUUUUAUCCUACACUGGCUCUUUUACCGAUCAUUUUACAGUUUUAGCAAGACGACAAAACAAAGACCUCUUUUACAUCUGGUGUUAACAUAAAUGUGUAACUUAAGUUAUUCUUAUUUUAUUAAAUCUUCUUAAAGGGCGACACACACAACAUGAAAAGACCAGAAAACCAAAGCGUCUCUUGGCCAGCUCUUGAUGCUUUCUUUCCUUCUGAAGUUCAGUAUUUAUACUAUUACUAUUAUUCUAAGGUGUAAAUAAUGCAUCUACCGGGCAUGAUUUUAAGAAGCAAACUCGGAUGUAUUCAUGGCUUUUUUUCUGGCCUUCCUUGAGAGUUUUUGAGAAUAAGAAAACUUAGAAUCUUAGAAUGUGCUAAGAUGUAAAUGCACACGGGAAAGAUCUACUUUGGGGGUUGGCUAGAUUGUCUCUGGAGGUGGUCUUGACUGAGUUGCGUUUGAGUUUUUCAAAAGAAAAAAGAUAUCGCGAAGAGUAAAUGUGUCCCUAACACAACCACUUCCUGUCGUUGUGAGCUGUCCAGCGGUCAAGCUUGUGUUUGUUUCAAAACUCAGGUCUUCUCAGUGGGAGGAGAUAUUUGGUUCUCAUGUUUUUGUGGCGACCAUGUGGCCUUAUUUGGGUGAAAAUAGACUUAAGAGAUGAGUUAACUCUCCCCAAACCAUGCAACCUUUGGAAGUGUAAAACAGUGCUCAACUCUCUCCACUAAUGCAUCUCUGCUUUUGAUUAGUUGAAACGUACAAAUGUUACAUUUUAACAAUAUAAGAUUGAUCAGAUUUGUCAAGGAUGAAACGAUGAAGUCCCGGGCGUCCGUUGUGUUUUCAUAGUUCUCAAACUCUCAGCAGGGAUCGACCUUUAAUGUCUGAGAUUAAGAUGUUUUAGAAAAUUCUCCUGCCCAAAAGAUUACUUUUUUUCUUUUUUUUUUUUAAUGUAACGCCCCUGUGAGGAGCUUUUGGUUUGUGUUGAUUUUGGCGCCCCCUUGUGGAAAUAACCUUACAUUGUUUGUAUUUUUUCGUAUUUGAUCCUAUAAAGGUACAAGAAUUGUUUUCCAACCCAAAAAGAUCUCCUCCUGCUUUUCUUUAAACAGUGAAAUGUGUCCCUCAUUUUCAAUAUUCUCUGUGAAAAAUGUUUCUGCAGCGUUCUGUAACUCACCGUGUCUGACGGCUAACCCCAACGCAGCAGUUUCAGAUGCUUAAAAUAACAAAUAAGGAAAUGGUCGGUCUGUGUGCUGAUGGUCUUGUUUGCUUUUUAAAGGUCAUAAAGAGACGUCAGUAUUCAUUUCAGUCUGCUUCUUAACCAGCUAAAAACUCCUCACAGGGGCUUUAAAAGAAAAAUGAAAAAGUUGUGAUGCAAAUAUCAGGAUAGAGAAAUGUAGAAGUAUUAAACACAGGUGUUAAAGGGGGAGGUCUGUCAUCAUAUGAUCCAGGUAACAUGUUAAUCCCAGGUGUAAACAGGGUCUUUGUACAAUCUACACUUCAUAACUUCUGGCAGCUUUAGUCAAACUAUCGUCUCACUUUUAUGUUUUUUUUAUUUUGCAUUUUGAUGGAUUCUUGCAAAAAACAAAAAAACAAAUCCCAAACCAGACGUGUGAUUGUACCUCCUCACUGCAGCUCCUCUGCAGCAGUAGCGUCUCACCGCCUCGCCUUGUGCCACCAGCUCAAACAAACACAGAGACCGCGCUGCCUCCCAUCGCACACAGCCUUAUUUCUCAACACGAGGAGGAGCAGCGACGGGGUGUCCUCGCGCUGACUCCUCGCUGAACACUCACUGUACCGCUAAAACCCGCCUGACGUUGAGACAUGAGCCACAACACUCCUCACUGUUUGAGUUUACUUUACAGUUUAAAAAAAAUCCCUUUACAUUUCUAGAAAUAUCCAAAAACUGGACCUGAUGAUUUCAUCUGGAAGCAGAUGUUUGUUUGUUUUGUUUUCAAAGUGCAUGCUAGAGGUCUUUCAGGCUCAGAUCCUUUUUUAUAAUAACUUGUUUUCUAUCAUUUUGAACGUGCCUAAGUUAUGAUGAUGCAAUUUUUCCGAAUGUUUUUACUUUUUAAAAACAAAAGUGGCUUGUAAAAAAAAUUGUAGAUUUGUCUUGUAUGUUUUUUUGUUUUUUUUCUCCUUUUGGUAACUGUAGCUUGUAUAGUGUGCUAGGCAUUUUUGCAUCAUUAAACCAUUUAUUCCUUA